AUGUACAUGGAACAGAUCCGGGACGUUGUAUUACAAGCAAAACUUGCAACGCUCAUGUUACUUGAUGUCUCGGAGUACAAAGCAAGACGAGACCAACGCAAAGCCAUCAACCGGUGGAACAAGUAUGUGUUGGGCCAGGAGUAUAUCCGGAAAGCUGCAAUGCUCGCUCCGAAAAGUCGAGAGGAGAAGAAGCAGCGCAAAGAGAAAUUCGACGUUGUAAAGGCAGUCCAUGAGGCCGAAUACUCCAAUCUGAAACGUCCCAUUGACCCAAAGACCAAGCGGCCAAUCGAGCCUGCGCAUAAAUUCGAGGUAACCAUAGAAGGGGACUCCAUUUCACAACGAAAAUAUGAAGUCUUCCUCAAAUACCAGCAAACCAUACACAAAGAGUCCACCGACAGAUGGAAGAAUGCUGACUUCAAGCGAUUUCUCUGUUCCGGGCUGAAACGAAACACACCAAAAGAAGGCUCAGGCGAGAAGAGAUUGGGGUCAUGGCAUCAAUGUUACCGUCUGGACGGACGUUUGAUUGCCGUUGCAGUACUGGACCUGUUGCCUGAGGGUGCGAGCUCUGUAUAUCUGUUUUAUGACCCUGAGUUCGGAAACUGGGAGUUUGGCAAAUUGAGUGCCUUGCGAGAAAUUGCAUUCGCGCUGGAGGAGGGUUACAAAUAUUACUACAUGGGCUAUUAUAUCCAUACUUGCCAAAAGAUGCGAUACAAAGCUCUUUACCGGCCACAAUAUAUCCUAGAUCCAGAAAGUAUGACCUGGGACCCUCUCGACGGCGAAAUGGUAGGCAAACUCGACAAACGCAAAUACGUCUCACUUUCCCGCGAUCGGGCUCGUCAACUGUCAUCCUCCGAAUCCAAGGCCGAAGACGACAUGGAAGAUGAACUGCCCGAACUAGUCAACGAGGAAUCACUGUCCCUUUUCUCUAUCGGUAUGCCCGGCGUCCUGACCGCAGAAGAGGUCCUGAGUCAAUUCGACCUUGAUCACUGGCUUUUGCUGGUGCAUGGCACAUUCGUGCAUAUGGAGGACUUGGUUGGAUGGGAAGAUGCACAAAUCACGGAUGCGCAGAGUGUCAAGGGUAUUGUCGGCGAACUGGUGGCCGUAUUGGGAGUGGAAAUUGCUAGAAAGAGUGCUUGUGUACUUUUUGAUUAG